CGCGCGGUAGUAUCCUAACCUUUUUAACCUAUGUAUGCACGUGUUUUUAUAUGAAAAAAAAACUAAAUGUUAACAAACAAAUUAUAAUAAACUAAGGAUUUAUUGUUCACUAAACUGUAAAAUUUAAGGGAUAUUUAUUUUUCUCAAAUUGUGUCAUGUAUAUAAUUGAUUAGUAAUUUAAAAAAGCGUAUUUUCUUUUUGGAGUCACUCAUAUCAACACACUCACACAAUGGCAAAAGUAAAAAACAAAAAAUCAAAAUUAGCCGAUGUCUAUGCAAAAAAGCGUAAACAACAACAGGCAAAGAAAACAAUAACUCCCUUUGAAAUUCAUGUAAAUAGAGAUAAACGAAAAGUUUUAGGACAAAAGAGUAAAUCAGAUCGUGGUCUUCCCGGUAUUUCACGAACAAAAGCAAUAGCAAAACGAAAGGGAACAUUACUUCAAGAAUAUAAAUUUAAAGAUAAAGAUAAUAUUUUAUUGGAUAAACGUUUACAUCAAAAAAAUCCCAACAUGUCCGAAGAGGAGAAAGCAUUGGCAAGAUUUGCCAAAGAACGAAUGAAAUUGCAAAAAAAGAAAAAUAUAUUCAAUUUAAAUGAUGAUGAAAUUUUAACACACAAAGGACAGGCAAUAAUGGAUAUUGAAAAAUUUGAUAAUCCAAUGAGCGAUGAAGAUGAUUAUAGCGAUGAUGAAAAUCGUGAUGGAAGAUUGGGUAAAAAAUUUUUAGACGAAGCUCACUUUGGCGGUGGACUAUUGUCAAAUCCAAGUGGUGAAAAAUCGAGAAAAAGUGUUAUUGAAGAACUUAUAGCCGAGUCAAAAAAACGUAGAGACGAGAGAAUAAAGAAACAGGAGAAAAUUGAAGAUUUAACAAAAAAACUCGAUACCGAUUGGAAGGAUCUUUUGCCAAUAAUAACAAAUUCAAAUAAAUCAUUAGAGACAAAUGAGGAAGAAAAAUUGAAAGCCAAUGAUUAUGAUAUUACAAUGCGUCAAUUGAAAUUUGAAAUUCGUGGUAAUCCGACUGAUAAAUUAAAAUCUGAGGAACAAAUCGCUGAAGAAGAACGAGUAAGUUUGGAGAAAUUAGAGGAAGACAGAUUACAAAGAAUGAUUGGUUUUGAAAAGGAUAUGUAUAAAAAACAUAGAUCCGCCGACGAUUUGGAUGAUGGUUUUGUGGCUGAAAAUAUAAACGAUGAAGAUGAUGAUGAUAAAAAAGAAGAGAAAGAUUCAGAAUCUGAAGAUGAAUCUGAAGAUGAAGAGGAAGCAGAAGAAAAUGAACAAGAUGAAGAAAAAGAAGAAAAUGAACAAGAAGAAGAAGAAAAAGAAGAGGAAGAAGAAGAAAAUUCGCAACAUGAAGAAGAUAAUGAGGAUGAGGAAAAUGAAGAUGAAGAUGAAAACGAGAAAGAAUCAACAAAUAAAAGAGAGCAAAGUCUGAAUGAAAAUUCCAAUGAAGAAAGUGAUAAUGAAAGUUCAGAAGACGAAGACAAUUUGUCGGAUUUAAAAGUAUCGGAUUCAUCCAGUGAAGAUGAAGAAUUGCCAAUUAAAAAAUCCUUUUCCAAAUUGGUAACUAAAUCGAAAUUGGAAAAUUUUAAAAUCUCAAAAAAUCAAGAAUCCAUUGUCAGUGAAAGUGAAAAAAUGUUAGAGAAAGCAAGAGCGGAAUUACCACAUACGUUUAAAGUUCCCGAAACUUAUGAGGAUUUAAAUAAAUUAUUAUCCACACAUAAUGAACAUUAUCAAUCGGUUAUUGUCGAGAGAAUUAUUAAAUGCAAUCAUUGGUCAUUGGGAACAAAAGGAAAUAGAGAAAAAUUGGCUGGAUUAUUUGAACAUUUAUUAAUGUACAUAGAUUGUUUUGAUUUGUCAAGUGAAAAUAGUAUUGUCAAGAGUUUUCAAAUAUUAGACAGAUUGUGUCCUCAUCUUUAUGACUUGGCUCAUGCGAGUGCUGAAAAUGCAAAGAAAUGUUUGCAAGAAAUUAUUAAAACAAAACACAAUGAAUUUGAAGAAAAAAAGAAAAAAUACGUUGGAAGCAAUUUGUUGAUGUUCUUAAAAUUAGUAUCUCUUAUUUUUCCAACAUCCGACUUUAGGCAUCCGGUCGUCUCUCCUUGUUUAGUAUUCAUGUCACAAAUACUCUCAAGAUGCUCAGUUAAGAGAAAAAGUCACAUUUCUAAAGGCUUAUAUAUAUGUACACUUAUACUAGAGUAUACGACAUUGAGUAAACGAUAUUCACCAGAGGUGAUAAAUUUCUUACGUGGUUUAAUAUAUUUAUCGAUGCCAAAACCACUGGUCAAUAAAGCGAUUAAAGUUAUUCCACCUUUCAAGCGUGAUGGUGAUUUUAGCAAUUUAUUGCAAAUUGAUGAAAAUAUGAAAAAUCACAAGUUAGAUCUCAGUAAACCACAAAUGAAAGCAUCAGAUUUAAUUGAUGAUGAAAUAGAUAGUGAUUUUAAAUUGCGAGUAUUUGCAACGACAAUAAAUUUAAUUUUUGAAUUUAAAAAACAAUACGAAGAAUUGGAUACUGUCUAUGCAAUUUUUGAACCAAUUUUAAAAAUGUUAAAAUCUGAUUUCAUUAAGAAAUAUCCCAAAAAUUUGAGACAAAAGGUAAAGGAAUUAAGUGAAGAAUUGGAAUUGAUGAAAUUGAAAAAAUUGGAAUUCAUUGUACGGGAGAAGAAAAAACCAAAAGCAUUGAGAUUAUAUGAACCACGAAUUGAGAAAGUAUACGAAGGUAGAAGGCAUAAGAAAAUGUCACAGGAGAAGGCCGAGAGAGAGAAAAUGAUUCAUAAAAUUAAACGUGAAAUGAAGGGAGCAAUAAGAGAAGUACGAAGAGAUUCGUCAUUUUUGGCGAAUUUGAAAAUUAAAGAACAGAUCAAGAGUGACGUGGAACGUAAGCGAAAGGUGAAAGAAAUUUUCGGCGAUGCUGCUGUUCAACAAAGUGAAUUUAAUAAAAUGAAACGAAAAAAGUAAGUUAUUUUUAGAACGAAUUAAAGAAUUAAAAAAGAAAAACAACAAAAAAAACAAACUAAGUAAAAUAUAAUAUACUAUUUAACAAAUAUUUUUUAUUAAUAACAAAAUAUUACGUUGACAAUUUGUACAAAAGAAUUACUUUUUUGUAUAUAACAUUGUUUGUAAAUUUAAACAAAACAAAUAUUUCUUACUGUAAAAAGUAUUUUUUUCUUUUAUAAAAAUAUCAACAAAAUGUAACGUUGACAAAAUAUUUUUCUAAUUUCUGAUGAUAUUUUUAUAAAAAUGAAUAUUUUUUUACUACAAAUGAACUCAACAAUUGUUUUGUUUUUUUUUUUAAUUUAAAUAUUCAAUUUUCAUCGUUUUAAAAAUAGAUUUGAUUUAUAAAAAUAUAAA